AUGGCGAACGUUCCAUCUAUCAAGCUCGCUUCGGGCUAUGAAAUGCCGGUUGUCGGCUUUGGCAUCUGGAAGGUUCCACGCGAAAGCUGCGCUGACACAGUCUACAAUGCCAUCAAGCUAGGCUACCGUCACUUCGAUGGUGCUUGGGACUACACCAACAGCGCCGAAGCUGGUCAAGGAUGCCGAAGAGCUAUCGAUGAGGGACUGGUGAAACGAGAGGACCUCUUCAUCACGUCGAAGCUGUGGAACAACUACCACAAGCGGGAGCAUGCACUCCAACAAGCCAAGCUGGAGAACGAGGCCUGGGGUCUUGGCUACCUGGACCUCUUCCUCAUUCACUUUCCCAUUGCCCUAGAGUUCAUUCCUUUCGAGACGCUCCGAUGGCCGUGUUUCUGGAGUGAUAAGGAGCAGACAAAGGUCACGCCACUGGCGAAAGUACCAAUCUCCGAGACGUGGGGCGCUCUUGAAGACCUCGUGAAGACACCGCAGAACCAGGACGGCUUCGUCAGGAGCAUCGGCGUCUCCAACUUUCACACCCAACUCCUCUAUGAUCUGCUGUCCUAUGCCAAGAUUCAGCCCUCGGUCCUCCAGAUCGAGCAUCACCCGUAUCUGACGCAGCCAGAGCUCAUUGCGAUGGCCCAAGAGAACAACAUCGCCGUCACCGGCUACUCUACGUUCGGACCUCAGUCCUUUCUUGAGUUGGGCAAUGUCACGGCAAAGAACGCUACCCCUCUGUUCGAGACGAGUGUUGUAAAGAGCUUGGCGGAGAAGUACGGCAAGGCCCCUGGCCAGAUUCUUCUCAGAUGGUGCACGCAGAGAAACAUCAUCGUCAUCCCGAAAUCAAACAACGUGGACAGACUGAAGCAGAACUUGGAAUGUUGCUCAUUUGACAUGACGGAAACGGAGUUGAAGCAGAUCUCGGAACUGAAUCUCGGUCUUCGAUUCAACAGCCCGAACACCUUGCAACGACCGAUCAGAAUUUUCACUUAG